CGACCAAGGAUGCAGAGCUUCCUGCAGCUGCUGAGGGGCAGCGGGGGCGCUGGCCCGCCCUUGGCGGAGCUGGUGACCCUCGCAGGCAGGCUGUGCCGGGACCUCCAGGACGACCCCGAGCAGGUGCAGCCUUUGGUCUCAGCCGUGCUGGACAGCCAGCUCCGCCUGUACCUCCUGGACCACGCGGACGUGGCCCUGGUAUGUGCCCGCGCGCUGGCCCAACAGGAGCAGCACCAGGCCGCCUGCCGGCUGCUGGAGGGGUGCCGGGUGCCUGGGGGCAGUGCUGAGCUGGUGCGGCUCUGGAACGACAUCCACUACCAGCUGCUCAUGAAGAGGCUUGGUGUGGCUGAGCUAACACCGGUGCAGAAGUUCCGCUGCAGAAAGAGGAACCCCCCUCCCGCCUCCCUCUGCCCUGAGGGCCUCAAGAGCCGCAACUUCCCCAGAGAAGUUCGCCAGAAGCUGCAGGACUUUGCCUCGGGCGUGAGCACCAACCCCAGCAAGGCUGAGCGGGAGGACCUGGCCUUGGAGACGCGCUUGACCACCGAGCAGGUCUACAACUGGUUUGCCAACUACCGGCGGCGCCAGAGGGCCCUUGCGCAGCGCGGGGCGCCGGCGCAGGAAGCAGCCAAGGACCCGAGGGCGAGGGAGGCGGGUUCCCAGCCUGCAGACCACCCCCACCUUGGCCGUGGGAGCUUGGACAGGCCUCAGGGCUCAGCACCACCUGAGGAAAGUGGGCCUGUCCAGACCCAGCAGACCCCUCAAGAGCCAUGGAAGCCGCUGGCCCUGAGCCCAGAUUUCUCCAGAGAGGAGGCUGUGCCAAUGUCACUGGCCCCCAGGUCUCUGCAGCCUGGUGAGAUGUACCCGGAGGGGCCUGGCUUCCAUCUGGCCGCUGUCCCCCCUGUCUGCCCUGGCCUUGGACUCUGCCCUCUGGCUGCGGGCAGUGACGUGCUGGACCCCUCCCUGGCCGCCCCCGAGUCCUGGCUGAUGUCCCUCGCACUGGUGUCCUCCAAGGAAGUUUCCUUCCAGACCGGGCAGCUGGUCCACGAUCCCGGGCUGAACUUCACCACACACCCUCCUGACGCUGCUGUGGCCACUCCUGCCGCUCUGGGUGAGCCCAGCCCCACGGGAUUCGCUGAGCCUCCCAGCGGCAGCCCCACGAAUGCAGGCCAAGAGGAGGGCCCUGGCACCCACGGUGGCCAGGCAGGAGGGCAGCCAGAUGGCUUCCUGGUGACACAGCCCCCAUUGCAGGCGAGCGGCUUCCUGCUCACCCAGAGCCCCCCAGAGCUGGCCCUGGCCCCGCCUGCCUUCGCCGGCCCCCUGCCCACCGUGGAGCUGAGCCAGCCCCUGCCUUCCAGCCAGGUGCAGUGGCCCGACGCCCAGGCCUCCGGUGACACCUUCUGGGGAGCCAGGAUGCUCCUGGAGCUUUCAGGGGGCAGCCUGGGCUGAGCUGCCCUCUGGAGGCUGGCCGGUGCCCCAGGGGAGCAGGCGUGGACACCUGGCAGCACACGUCACAGAGCUUGCUCCCUACUGAAGAAGGUUGUCCCCAGGGUCCCCCGGGGGUGUCGCCGAGAAGCACUGAGACCUGCUGGGCCCCCUGGCCUGUUGAAUGGUUUGGCGGGCAACUCCCCAUAUGGGAGGAAGCCUCUGAGAAAGGAGCAUGAGGUCGGAGGUCGGGGGUGGGGGGUCCUUGUGCUCAGGCAGCAGCAGUUUGCAGUCAGGCUCCCGGGCAGGCUGGGCAGUGGAGGCCGUGCUCCAGGCAGGAGGCUGCUGCUCUCCCUGUCGCCACCUGUCCUGUGACAAGGCCAGGCCUGUCUGUGGGCCUGGCGAGUGAGGAGUGGGUGGCCUUUGCUCUUUGUGUCUGAGGCUUCCGCACAGGCUCGCGGGCCUGGGGAGGGCCGGUCGGGGGCAGCGACCCCUCUCGUUGGGAUGCGUGGUGUUUGCCGAGCAGAUGUUCUGUCAGUUAAAGUAAAGGUUAAUGUUCUGAGCUC